CUACGGCAACCCCCAGCCGGCGGACUGGCCGAGCCGGCUGACUGGCCGGGCCGACGGACCGCUCAACUAGCCACACCCCCGGGAAGGGCCAGAGGCGGUGGGGGCGGGGCCACACGCUCAAGUCUCGCGAUCAGCUGAGAAGGACGGAGGGAGCAGAAAAUGGCCCGUCCCGGUUUCCGCAGUCCCUCGAGCUUGGUGCCCCGGGCUGCAGCCCUGCUCCUCGUUCUGAGCGUGCCAAGGGCUUUGGCGUUACCCGAGAUAUGCAUCCAGUGUCCAGGGGAUGUGCAAAAUUUGUCAGAAGUGGCCCUUUAUUGUAAACAGACACCAGAGCUAAUGCUGCAAGGCCGCUGCUGCCUGAAUGGGAAGGGCACCAUCCUGGGGCUGGAUCUCCAGAACUGUUCUCUGAAGGACCCUGGUCCGGACUUUGCUCAGGCACAUACUGCUGUCAUCAUAGACCUGCAGGCAAACCCCUUCGAGGGCGACUGGGCCAACACCUUCCGUGGCUUUACCCAGCUCCAGACUCUGAUACUGCCACAAGGUGUCAACUGUCCGGGAGGUAUCAAUGCCUGGGAUGUUGUCACUUUUUAUAUAACCAACCAAACCUGCCAAGGACCGAACCUUUGCAACAGCACUGGGGACCCAGAAACGUGUCCUGAGAAUGGAUCUUGUGCUCCUGAUGGUCCUGGUCUCUUGCAGUGUGUUUGUGCUGAUGGCUUCCAUGGCUACAAGUGUAUGCGCCAGGGCUCAUUCUCACUGCUCAUGUUCUUCGGUAUUCUGGGAUCCACAACAUUAUCCAUUUCCAUCCUGCUUUGGGGGACUCAACGCCGAAAAGCCAAGGCUUCAUGAACCACAGAGGUCUUCUUACUGACCUAAAGAUCAUCCCCAUCUUAGCCCAGCCAGGGGGAUUUGCUUCCUAGACAUCGUUGGUCAGCAAAGAUGACCGGAAGUCGUUGUUAGAAAGAAGAUGGAAAUUUGCAUAACCUCAGUGUGUUGCAGACGCACCAGCCCAGGAGUGGACUAGUAUCAGUUCUCAUUUGUGCUGUUGACCAUAAUAAAUUUUUUCUUUUGCUUCUC